AAUGAUAUUGUGAAUUGUGUUCUUCUCCCUCAUGAAUUCUCUCUAUUUUCUCUGUGUGUUCUGUUUCUGUAAAAAUCCAUAACAAUGGUAUCAGAGCAAAUGACCCUCGGCCAUGGAUUUUGCUGCUGCUAUUCUUCCUUUCCGUUUCCUCUUUUCUCGAACCUAGGGUUCUUCUAAAUUCUCCUCUAUUCUUUCUGAUCUUUUCAUUCCUUUCUCUUCUUGCCUAUUCUUCUUUCUUGGUCAUUCUCAUUCUCCUCUCUCAAUCUGUUUUUCUUUCCGUCUUUUCUUGGUUACAAACAGAGCUGCUAGAUCCUUAGCCAGGAUGGAAGAUAUGAAAUCACAAGAUUUUCUACAAAAAUUCACUGUCAUGAUGCAAGAAUUAGAACAACGACAGGAGGUUUUGCAAAAGGAAGCAGAGCAACGACAUCAAGAAGCUUUGGAAGAAAUUAAAGCGUUGCUUACUGGUAUAAGUUUUCGCAAUAUGAAUAUCGUCAAUAAUAUAACUCAAGGUGAAUUCACAAAAGCAAGGGAAGAUCCAUUAGAGGAUUUAAAGAAUUUGAAACAAGAAUUUACCUUGCAAGAUUAUUGGAAUUCCUUAAACCAGUUGUAUUCAAAAGCUAGAAUUCAAGAAGAGAAAGCAUUGAAUUUUUUCCUCUCUGGACUGGUUGAUGAAUUGCAAUUGGUAGUGAAGAUGUUUAAGCCAAGGACACUUUCAGAGGCUUAUUCACUGGCUAGGUUGCAAGAGGUAACUGUGGCAACAAUCAAGAAUAAUGUCAAUCCAGAUACUAAACCCACAAUCUUUGUUACUGCUUCAUUCCCUCCUUCCACUCCAUCCAAUCUCCAAUCUAAUUUUCCUAAGCUCUCGGUUUCUGCAGACAAAUUUGAUCUUUUGCCAAUACCCAUCAUUCAGUUACCAAAACUACCUGGUGUACCUCCAAGAAAUCCAAAAUUGGAGCAUCAUGAAAAUUUCAAAGGUGAGAAGAGUAUCAAUGGAAGUUCUCUUCCUAAAUCUGUUAAGGUUUAUGAAGGUAAAGCAUAUGUUCUUGUUACUAAAAAAACUGACCAGCACAAAAAGAGAGUUGGUGGGAAAAAAACAGUACAUGAACUAUGGGAAUUAUGGUGAGUUUGAUUUGGGUGCUCAUGAAAAAUACAGGAAUUAUGAGAACUGUGUUGACUUUGAUUUGAGUGACCAUGAUUACAUCACCCUUAAAGAAGAUGAGUUUGAGAGAUGGAAAAGGCAGAGGAAGAAAUUUUAUGGGCGCGUGAAUUUGCUGUAUAAAAAAUAUAUAAAAGCUAUAAAAACAUUUCAAUUAUGGAUCAUAUUGGUUUAUUCAAGAAUCUCAACAUGCCUGUUCUCAAGCAUUAAUAAUGCUGCAAAUCUGCUCCUCAUUCAUUGAAGAUUUUUUUUUCCCCAGUUGAUGCUUCCUAGAAAUGUGCAGAUGAGUUGAGAGCUCAGUUUCCUGCAUUCCUUGAGGACAAGGAAUCUGAAGGGGGAAGUAUUGAUACGAGAAUAUGCCAGCUAAAAUUGUUGAAGUAGUCAGGACACGUGCCAUGCUUUACUUGGGUUUAGGAAAGAUGGUUACGAGUCUUUAUUUUGAGCUGGCUAUAUGAGCUAUGGUUGUAAUCCAGAUUUUCAUCUUGAAUGAUAUUGUGAAUUGUGUUCUUCUCCCUCAUGAAUUCUCUCUAUUUUCUCUGUGUGUUCUGUUUCUGUAAAAAUCCAUAACAAUAUAAAUGUGAUAUUUUCACCCUCCUCGCUUCUUAAAUACUUUAGCCAUUUAAUAGGCCUCUCUUCUUCUUCUUCUUCUUCUUCUUCUUCUUCUUCUUCUUCUUCUUCUUCUCAUUUUUUUUUUUAAAUUUAUUCCCCUUAACCGACUGCAGUAAUAGAGACUCAAUCAAGCACAUCAAGCCUCCUCAUCUUCGAACUAUCUCAUCUGCAUCCACCUAAUGACCCUUGAUCUUGAUGCAGAAGCUCGCUAUCACUAUCAUAAAAAAUUCAAGUUUAAAACCCCAUAUAUCCACUUUUAGAUGGUGCUGCUACCAAAAAGAGACGGUGAGCAGGCUUGUCUCCAGUUGAGCCUCGCCAUCGCCUACAUCCUCCAGUCGAGACUCUUUCACCUCCGGUCGUCUUCACGCCGAGUCUAGCUUCGCCCUUGCUGGCUCACCGUUUGGAAGAUUUAUGUAAAAGCCUCUUGAAAAGCUAGAACUUCUUCGACAUGGGGGAAGAAAUCAGUGAGAUGCCCUAGGUAGCCUGACAUCACUAAACCAUUAGAGUUUUGAAGGACUGCCCCAAAACUUAUGCGACCAGCCUGGGUGGAGAUGGAUGUAUCAAUGUUGCAUUCAAAUGUACUAACUAGUUAUUUACUCCAGGAAGUCUCACAUCCCGGGUUGAGUGAGACAACAUUACUAAUCACAAUAAAUACUGUUCAAUUUACUUUUCAAGUUAGCCGUGAUAUGUUAUGUUAUUCUUAAUUGACUCAUUUCCCCUAAUUAUUCAAGUUGUUCAACUCUUUA